UUUUGCCCUAUCAAGUUUUUGGCGCCGUUGCCGGGGACUGCCAUACCUUAUUUUUGUUGAUUUUUGUGAGUGAACUAUUUUGAUCUGGGUGUUAGUGUGCAGAAGAUUUUACAGGUUUAUCCUCCUCGUGCAUGCCUAGGAGGACGACCGGCGAUUUACUGCCACUAGACCCGGAGAUCGAGAAGACCUGCCGACAGAACAAGAAGCAGGUCAAGUUAGGGAAGCAGCCAACCACAACUCCUAGGCCUUCCCUAACCAAGAGAGGGCAGGCUUCAUCACCUGUCGUCCCUACAACACCUACACCACCGCCGCGCGUCAUCGAGCCUGUCAUCAUGGCUGAACAGGAUCGUUCGAUCAGGGCUCGUCUGAAUCGGAGAACUGGAGCCCGAGCUUCAUGUGUUGUCAUUCCUGCUGGGGAUGCAAACAUGGAAAUUGCCCCAGCCUUCAUCAACAUGAUCACGAAUGGGUACACCUUCUCAGGGGCCAGCACCGAGGAUCCUCAUGAACAUCUCCGCCGGUUUGUAAACAUUUGUGACACUAUGAAGAGCCCGGCUGUGUCUGAUGAUGCCAUCCGUCUUCGGAUGUUCUCAUUUUCUCUUCUAGGGAAUGCAUCACACUGGUUCCAGAACUUGACACCUCGUUCCAUCACAACAUGGGGUCAGCUUGAGAAGACCUUUUUGGAUAAGUACUUUCCUCCUGCCAAGGCAAUGAAGAGGCAAGAGGAAAUUGUCACUUUUAAACAAGCUGAAGACGAAAGUCUGACCGAGGCAUGGGAGCGCUAUAAGGAGCUUUUAAUGAGAUGCCCAAGCCACGGUCUUGAAGAUUGGAAUGUGAUCUCCAUCUUCUUCAACGGAAUCAGAAGACAAUUUCGAGAUGCUCUGAAUAAUGCUUCCCGGAAUGGUUUCACAAGAAUGGAAGCACCAGAAGCAUAUGAACUGGUGGAGAAGAUAUGCUCUGAAGAUACUGAAUGGGGGAUUGAGACCGGCAUUCGAAGGAGAGGAGACUUGCAUGAGAUAGACAGAGUUGCAAGCUUAGAAGCAAAGAUUGAUGCUAAGUUGGAUUCCAAGUUCGAUGCACUCGAACGAAGGCUGGCUAAGUUGGCUCUUGGUAGACAAGAGGAGGUUGCUUUUUGUGAAUUAUGUGAAGAUGCUCAUCAUAGGGAUCUAUGUCCACUGGUGUCUGAUCAGUUGGAAAAUGUGCACUAUAUCAACAAUCAGCAAAAUCAAGGCCAGGGUGGUAUGUAUUCAAAUACCUACAACCCGCAAUGGAGGAAGCAUCCUAACUUUUCCUGGGCAAACAACAACCCAACUGGUGUUCGAAACAUCCCACCUCCUGGUUUUCAACAGCAGCAGCCUCAACCAGAGAAGAAGCCUCAGCUGGAGGAGUUGAUUUUGGCUCAUAUGCAGAAAACAGACAAUAAUUUCAAGGGCCUGGAUCAAUUUGUCACUCAACAGCUAGCCAUCAACAAUAAUUUACAAUCGUCUAUGCUAGCUAUGGAGAGGCAGAUGGGACAAAUGGCUCAAACUUUGGCAGAUAUGCAAGGCAGGAUUCCUGGGACAUUACCAGCAAAUACUGAGAGGAAUCCGAAGGAUGCCAUGGUUGUAGCAGUGACAUUGAGGAGUGGAAAGGCCUUGGAAGACCCUAGCAUCUCGAAAAAGGCACCAGAGGCAGAAGAGGAAGCACCAGAAGAAAGAUCUUGUGCAGAAAAGGAAGAAUCAGCCUUGCACAGGCAAAAUGAAAGCGGUUUGCCUGUGCAAAAGCAUGCUGCCCGUGUACCUCAAAAAGUGGAAAAAUUGAAGAAUGAAGAGGUAAAGCCUUAUGAACCUCCCGCACCAUUCCCUCAAAGGUUAAUGAAGCCCAUGGAAGACCCAAACUUCAAGAAAUUUGUGAAUAUCUUCAAGCAACUUCAGAUUAACAUACCGUUGGCGGAGGCACUUGAACAGAUGCCUACAUAUGCUAAAUUUUUAAAGGAGUUGCUGACUAAGAAGCGCAAAUGGGCUGAUCUGGAGAAGGUAACCCUUACUUCUGAAUGUAGUGCCGUGAUUCAGAAUAAAUUACCAGAAAAGAGGGAUGACCCGGGCAGCUUCACCAUUCCAUGUGUCAUUGGAGGUACAGAAUUCAAUAAAUCACUUUGUGAUCUUGGAGCAGGAAUUAAUUUGAUGCCAUACUCAGUCUACAAGAAAUUGGGAUUGGGAGAUGUUCUAAAGCCUACUCGGAUCACACUCCAAUUGGCUGAUCGAUCAGUAAAAAUCCCAAAGGGAGUGGUGGAGAAUGUAUUGGUGAAGGUGGGGAAGUUUAUUCUCCCUACAGAUUUUGUAAUCCUGGAGAUGGAAGAUGAUCGGGGAGUGCCUCUAAUCCUCGGCAGACCUUUUCUAGCAACCGGUGAUGCACUCAUCGAUGUUGGGAGAGGCAAGUUGACAUUCCGAGUAGGUAAGGAGGAGGAAAUUUUUAAUGUCUUUCAAGUUGACCAUAAUCAUGAUGAAUUUGAAAGUGAAGCUCGAGAAAGGAAAAAUCCCUCUUCCUGUGAUAGUGGACCAUCCGAAGAACUAUCACCUAUCCUAUCUGCUCAGAUUCUGAAAUCAAAGCAAGGGCAGAAAUCCUUGCCAGGUCACCUCAAGUUUAGAUAUUUGGGUAAGGAUUUCAAUAUUCCUGUUAUUAUUCCUUCUUCACUGACAUUGAAACAGGAAGAGUACCUGCUUGAGGCGCUGCAGUACCACCUACGCCUCACUAAAGGGUCUAACAUGCCAGCUAAGAAGGUCAUACCCAAUUUUCGCACACCUGGCCCUGCAGAGGUGACUCAUAUGCUGGAUGGAGGUUAUGCGUUCUAUCAUUGCUCGGGAGGGUACGCUGGAUACCUUUCCAUACCCAUUGGUUGAAAGCUCCAUGAACGUCAGGCUGAGGACGUUAAACAAGCGCUUCUUGGGAGGCAACCCAAGGUAAGUUUUCUUUUCUUUUCUUUAUUUUUCUUUUUAGUUGUGUCAAACCCGUGCAUGUUUAGAUUAGGAGUUGAACAUUAGGGACAAUGUUCCAUCCUGAGUGUGGGGUGGUGAGUCUUAGUGUUGUUUGUCCAUGUUACAUGUGGUAAAAAAAAAAAUUUCCAAAAAAAAAAAAAAAAAAUUUGUUUGUUCCUUUUGUCAUGUGGUCGGUAAAAAAAACAAAAAAUUCAAAAACAAAAAAAAACAAAAAACAAAAAAAAAACAAAAAAAUUGCCAUUAGGUUGAGCACAGCCAAACUGUAUGCAGUUUGCCUGUGUAAAAAGCAGUCUGCCUGUGCAAAGCUGAUGGCUAAAAAACACCUAAAAAUCAGAAAAAUUAAAAACAAAACCUUGUACUCUUGUGGUAACAUGAUGUAAAUGACCGUGAUGCCUUGAAAAUGAGUUGUGCUUGAAGGAAAUCAUCAAAAUCACCCCACUAGUGUUGAAUUGCAUGGUUCUUCACAAUGAGCUUGAAUGUUUUGACUGACUUGAUAUGCUUUGAAUGAGCAAACUCUUUUAGCAACAUUCUCUUUUGUGAGGAUAGUGUAAUGACUUUUGGUGAAGUAGUUAGGUGGAGAACAUUGACCAUUCGACAUGUUUGGAUACCGUGCUUACUUGCAUCAAUUGUGAGCUUUUGAUUUGGUAACGAGUCUCUCUGUUUUGAAUGUUUUAUGAUGGGGUGAACUGUAUCUUUAUAAAUGAGAAAACACUACCUGACAAGUAAAAUAUAAGAAAGUUGCCAUAACAAUUAAAGUGUGGGUAAAAUGCCAAAAUCGUGUGAGGCAAUCACUCAUUGCACAUGGGGAUGAGGAAAGAUUCAAUUGAGAAUCGGUUCGCGACCGUACGAUGUUGCUUAUCAAGUACGAUCCCCAGUUGAGUGAAGUGCCAUUAGAGGAUGUGCAAUGACCCUCCACACGGACCGAGGAAAAGGAGUUGAAAGAAGCCCUUAUGCGAGUGCUAAGAAGCAGAAAUUGCUCUUGCUCGGUCACAGGUAGUAAGAAACAAAUCCCACUUGUACUAAAUACGACUUCUCGGCAAGCAAAAGCAGAAAGAGAGAAAGCCUCUCCUUGUCAUAAAAGGUAGUGAUGUGCUUAAAAUUAAAAUCUUGUUUGCGAAAGGCUUCCCCCAUUAGUUUUUGAGACUCAUGCAUAAUUAAUUGCUUAUGAUUGGUGUGAGUAAGCCAGAUUGUCCUCACGAGAUGUGCACCUCACUGAUGUGGUUAGAUUCUCCUAAUAAUUUCUGCACCAUAAGUUGUUAAUCACCCGCUACUGACGAUCGAAAUUGAGUGUUGCUAUUUGAGUUUUUGAUGGAUUUGAGUCAGUCAAUGGUAAUGGUUGCAAAGAACUUGAGUGUGGGGUGAAAGGUAUGACCAUUAAAGCACAACUUGUCCGUUGAGAAAGAAACUACUGAUUACAACAAGAGUACAAGGAAAUUUUGUGUUUUGUUUUGAUUAGUGAGUCUGUGGUGUGUCAUUGUUAUGGUUGGUUAUGUGUUUGUGUUGUUUGAGUUGUUGCUUAGGGACAAGCAACAAUUGAGUGUGGGGUUGUGAUAUUCGGCUUUAAUAUAUCGGAUUCUUGGACUUUAUGUGAUUAUCCGUGGUAUGUUUUAGCCGAUUGGUGCUAAUUUAGGGCUCGCUAACCCGGAAAUGGUUGAAAAACUAUUACUGCCUAGUGCUAUGAGUUUGAUAUGAUACAGGUGGAGAAAGCACGAAAAAGGAGCGAGUGCACAAGCAAUUAAUCGAACUCGAAUCACUGAUGGUAUACUCAAAUGGGCCAAGAAGAAUUUUUGGACCAGGAGCAGGGAUGAGACAAAAGAAGAUUGGGCCAGAAUUAUGGAGCUGGGCGCCGCCAUGGAGAGAAGCAGAGGGAGGACGUUUCUUUUUGUCAUUGUGGGGAGGCAAUUUUUGAGUGGGCUGGGCCUGGAGCAAUUAAAUUGGACGGAAGGUUUCUUUUGGGGACGGAAGCUUUUGGAAAAAGAAACGAAAUUGAAAGGAAAAAGGAAUCUCAGGAGGGACACAUAUUUAUUUUGGCUGGGGAAUUAAUUCUCGGGGGGAAUUAGAGAAGAGCAGCGCGCAGCUUGGGACGGGAGCGGGCGAAAUUCGGAGAGAGAGAAAAGCGGCGCAGCACAGCAACAGAGCAAAAGGCGAUCAGUUGAUUUCCAUCGGCGAUUGAGAUUUCCAAGGCUACCUGAGCUGAGUUCAACGAGAGCGAUUAGUUGGUUGGAUUUUCUAAACCGAAUUAGUUGUUAUUUGUUGAUUUAGAACAUGAUGAACAAAACCCUAUCGAUUUAUCUUAAUUUCGUCAUGAACUAAACCCCAAUUUCUGGGGGAAACACCAUAGGAUGUUGCUAGUUCUUGAUUUGAUGGAUUGAUUCAUAUUUCUUUUCCUCCAAUCUCUAUUGCAUGGAAUUGCUUAAUGCUUUGUGUUGACUGGCCACCAAUACAAUGAAUCGUAGUUGAUUAGGUUAUUAGCGACAGUGAAACCCUAAUAACUGAACCUAUUUCAUGUGACAUAGUAACUUAUCGAAGUGACAGUGGAUUAAAUAAGGUGCUAUGCGGUCUUAAAUAGGAUAUCGAUCUUCAGGCUAGAUAGUUAAUUCAUUGAGCUACGACAGUAGGAUUUGAAUUGAUUAUUUAGUACGUAGUAAUUCCCGACAGGGAUAGCUAGCACAUUCGUGAUAUCCUGGCUGUAGAGAAUUGGAUUAAAUUGAUUGGAAUAUGUGAAUUAAUCUGGAUAGGAUAGGUAGUGAAUCCCGGUGUUUCUCCCAUUGAAUUAAACCCGACAGUUUUCACUUGCUUAAUUUGUUUAGUUUAUUUUGCUUUUAGAAAUUAGUUUAUAUCUCAAACCAUUUUCACUUAUAGUUUGCUCAUAAAUUUGAUAGAAUAUAAGGUUGUACUAGUC